GCCGAGGGGCAGAGCAUGGGAAUUUUUAUUUCCCUCCCCCGCCACUGCACCGUUGGACAUUCUUCUGCAUUUCUGAAGGGAAAAAACUCGUCAAAGAAGGGAAAGGAAGAAAGGCAGUAGGGAAGGGGGGAGAAAGUUGGUUGACUUGCAGAAAAGUAAAGCUUUUCAGUGGCUCCCACUGCACUUUGCUCUAGAGACCCUCAGUCCACCCGAAGCUGGAGGAUGGAGCCAGAGCUCUCGCCCGAGCUCACACCAAUGCCCCUUGGGGAGAAUGGGAGUGCCCACCUGGUGCCCGACACAGCCCUGCUGCCCCCAGAGAAGGGCACGGCCAUGUUCAUCAUCCGUUGUGUGAUCCCAUCGCUUUACCUCCUCAUCAUCACUGUCGGCUUGCUGGGCAACAUCACGCUUAUGAAGAUCUUCAUUUCCAACAGUGCCAUGAGAAGUGUGCCCAACAUCUUCAUCUCCAGCCUUGCAGCUGGUGAUCUGCUGCUGCUAGUGACCUGUGUCCCCGUGGAUGCCUCCCGGUAUUUCUCUGAGGAGUGGCUCUUUGGGGAGCUGGGCUGCAAGCUCAUCCCUGUCAUCCAGCUCACCUCCGUUGGUGUCUCUGUCUUCACUCUCACUGCCCUCAGUGCUGACAGGUACAAAGCAAUUGUAAAUCCCAUGGACAUCCAGACCUCCAGUGCAGUGCUAUGGACCUGUCUUAAAGCCACUGCCAUCUGGGUAAUCUCCGUGCUCCUAGCAGUUCCUGAAGCAGUGUUCUCCGAACUGGCUCACAUCAAUGACACAGAUAAUGCCACUUUCACAGCGUGCAUACCGUACCCCAUGACAGAUGACAUGCACCCAAAGAUCCAUUCUGUGCUGCUUUUCCUUGUAUAUUUCCUUGUGCCUCUUGUGAUUAUUAGUAUCUACUACUAUCAUAUUGCAAAGAGUUUAAUAAAAAGUGCUCACAACAUCCCUGGAGAAUACAGUGAGCAUUCCAAAAGACAGAUGGAAACUCGGAAACGUCUGGCAAAAAUUGUUCUAGUUUUUGUUGGCUUCUUUGCUAUCUGCUGGUUUCCUAACCAUGUGCUAUACAUGUACCGAUCUUUUCAUUACAAUAAGAUUGAUCCAUCAACAGGACAUAUGGUUGUUACCUUAGUGGCCCGAGUGCUAAGCUUCUGCAAUUCUUGUGUCAACCCAUUUGCAUUGUAUUUUCUCAGUGAGAGUUUCAGAAGACAUUUCAACAACCAGCUUUGCUGCAGGAAGAAAGCUCAGCGAGAGAGAUCUGCCAGCUACUUGCGCAACUCUUCUGCCAUUCAAAUGACUUCCCUGAAAAGCAAUACCAGGAACACAGCGACUACCAUGACACAACUGAAUGGGCACAACUUGAAACAAGAAAUGUCAUUAUGAUUUAACAUGUGUAAUUUUUGACUGUGAAACAAAUUUGAACAUUUUAUUUGCGGUUUGUAACUCACUUUUGGCUCUCGUGAUUAGACUGUCUAAGUACUCAAAAUAGAGGUUCUCUCAAAGUCUGGCCAGUAUCAGAUUAUCUCACACCUAGUCUGACUCUUAGAUAGAAAUGAGCAGUACAUUUUAUUGAGAAACCAAAACUGACUGGUGUUACACUGUACUUUAAAGGACAUGCUAGUAUGUGUUUAACAUGAAGGAAAACAGAGUAUCUGAUAUAAUAUUGCUUUAAAAAGUUUAGAUUUUCUGAUUUGAAAAAAUAUGUAUUUUCAACUGAAUAUUGAUCCAGGCUUAUGUUUUACUCUAAUAGAUUUUGCAUUAUUUUAGCUGUGUGGUAUCUACAGACAUUGCUUGUUAAGACUGUUAGGCAUUUUGGACUCAAUUAAAGGGCCAUUGCAACACGUAAAUUCUAGUUUCAGAUAAAAAAAUAUUCAAGUAUCGAGUGCCAGAUCUUUACCUCAUUGAAAUCCACCUUGUUUGUUCACUUUGGUAGACAUACGUGAUGAGAUUUUACUCUUUGAAGCUUCUGCUUGCUGCUGAGGUCAGAAGUUUAUCUGCUAAAAUUUCAUUGUUUUCAUGGUUAACAUAUCAAAAGAAAAAUGGGUGCAACACGCAGGUUUUCUAGAACUCAGUGUCUGAAAGCUCGUUUCUCUGACUGUUAAGACUGUAGCACCAUUGGUUUAGAGUUUCUACAUGCUAUAUAUUUGCUGCUAACUGAUGUUGUUGAUAUCAGUACACAGCUAAGAAGGAUGCUAAGUGUACUGGGAGGGUUGAACAUUCAAGAAGGUAAAAUUCUGAGUGGCUACUUCACAGGGGUUCUGUGGCAAGUCUUCAUACAGCUCAGCAAGAUCUCAGAGUGCAGAACCCAGAUUAAGACCAGACAAAACCAAACUGAAGGAUGCCAUGCAGGAGCGCACUCAACAUACUCUGAUCGCUAAGGAUCAUCCAGACCAUGGGCCAGACAAGUCCUAGUCUGAGACAACCCCCAACUAAUGAAACAUGGGUGGCUGGCAUGAGUAGCUGGCAUUGGUUGCUCAGUACCAGCUGUUUGCUUUCUGUGUUUUAAGUACAUGUCUUAUGAGGAGUUGCUGAAUGAGCGGGGGUUAUGUAGUCUGGAGAAAAGGAGGCUCAGGGGGACCUUAUCAGUCUCUACAACUCCGUGAAAGGAGGUUGAAGCCAGGUGGGGGUGAGGGUGAGUCUCUUCUUCCAAGUAAUAAGUGACAGGCCGAGAGGAAAUAGCUUCAAGCUGUGUCAGGGAAUGUUUAGAUUAGAUAUUAGGAAAAAUUUUUUCACUGAAAGGGUGAUCAGGCAUAUUAGAAUAGGCUACCUAGGUAAGUGUUGGAAUCACCAUCCCUGGAAGUGUUCAAAAGGAGUGUAUAUAUCAGUUGGGGAUAUGGUUUAGUGGUGAACAUGGUGGUGCUAGGCUAAUGGUUGAAUGCGAUGAUCUUAGAGGUCCUUUCCAGUUUUAACUAUCUUGUGAUUCUAUUCUAUCUUCUAGAUCUACUCCUCAUGCACACACUGUUUACCAGUCUCAACAAAGCUCCAGUACUGUUGAAAAUCUGACACUUUUUCUUUUCCUGAAGGCCCAUGUGCAUAAAUAGUCAAUGUACUUCUGAAAAUCCUGUCUGAGCUGCCUAAAAAAAUGAUUUUCAAACGUUUUUGUUAGUCAUUCCAGUGCCAUGGGCAGCAUACAUCUUUGUCAUUAUUCUUAGGAGGACACUUUCAAGGUACAUGGUCAGUGCGGACCUGGGAUUAAAACAGCUGAGAAUGCUGUGUGAGGCUCUAGUACCAAUUACCAUCAUGUCCAGAACAAAUUUGCUAGGAGGAUCUACUCCUCUUUUUUUUCAGUUACAGAUCUCUACUAGGGAUACCCCAGACAAAGCUUGCAAAACUGCCCUUCAAAUCUCAAGAAAGCAAGAAGUUCAGCCCUAAAAUAAUAUAUUUUUUUAAAAAUUUUUUUAAUCAGUUCACAUGCCAACACAGGUAGUCAGCUAGGCACAAAGACAGAAACAUACUUCUGCUGCUCGGGCAAGGCUGUUCAUAUAAAAGCUUCUGGGAGGAGUCAGAGCUGAUUCCCCCCUUACACAGCUGCACGGUGUCAGAUGAAUAAUUAUUCCCAAGCCAGGUGAGAGGCUAGCUGGGGCAGGGUUUGUUUUGUGUCUGAGCUUCAGAGAGAAAAUGCUCACAGUGUCCUUCUUAGGAGAAGGGGCAGUAAUGGCAGAUAAGGGCACCUUGUGAAAUUAUUUUGUUAUGGCCAGUUCAUGAGCCAAAUGUAAUUUUAAAUGCCUUUUUCUUUGAAAUUGGAUGGAACUGCGCCAGCACAGAUCUCUCUGUCACAACAUCGUAUCCUCGACUGCUGCAGUGACUUGUCUAAGGUGAAUACUAGAAAGUACACCAGAAAUUUAGAUUGGAUUUCAGAAUUAGUUUCCAGCCUUAUAAUUUCAAAAGCUGAAGUGCUUAUGCAAUGUAGCAACUCACUAUUCCUUUUGUCCUUAUUUAUGCACUUGCACUUAUUUAGUCCUGUUUGUAAUUGUGGAACCAUCGGAAGUUCAAAAUUUCUUUCUCAAUUCCCCUGUCUUCAAGACUAGUCAUACCCCUACCCCAAUUUUUAAAGCAGCAAGAAGUUAAACUGAUGUAAUUUGUACAUGAUUUAGCUAAUUAUCUGAGAAAAAAAAUCCCCAGUUUUUACCACUCAACAGGGAAAGUAACAGAUUGAAGUUCUUACUGUCAACCAGCAUGGUCCAGUUGGAUGAACCUAUAGGGUGAUGUAAUGUAGUUAAAGUUGUGUGCAGCAUUCAAAUGAGAAAACUUAUGAAGUUCAGUGUAGUUCAGCUCCAUACUACCUGCCCUAGCUGAUUGCAGUUGCCCUGUGGCUUCAGUGGCUCCUUGGAAGGCUUUACACAAAGGAGCCAAUUGAUUCGAACUUGUAAAUCUAUGUGUAAUGGUUUAGGAAAUUGUCACCUGUCAUGGUUUAGGAAUGGUAUUCCACAAUCUAGUGUUCUAAAGUUUUGGAUUCCACACUUCUAAUCAGUCUCAAAUCCUUUUUACUCACAAAUAUUUCACACCUGCAAAACACAAAAGCUUAAUCUUCCUUUGUCAAUUCUUAGUGCUGAUCGUUGACUGCAAUCAAGUUCCCCAUUCAUUUGUGCUGGUUUUUUUCUGGUUCUCAGCUCCUGAUUUUGUUUAGCAACUUUCUACACUGCAUAGCAUUUCACAGGACUUCUAAAUCCAUUGUGUUCUUUAUUUCCUAAAUGCAUUUGUCUGAUGGGGACAUUACCAGAUGAUACAGGUGCCCUACCGGAAAAAUAAUAAUCUAAUUUAUAGUAGAUUUGAUGCUUGUGUUUGAUUCAUACUCUUCGCUCAGCAUCUUAAAGUGCUGUGUGUGUUAUGGACAGCAUGAGCCAGCUUUCUGGCAGAACUGCAAGCUACAUUUCUUUUUGUUGCAAGGGGAAGGUGUUCUAGACUAUAACUCCUUCUUGUCAGGAAAUCAGCACAAUUUUGGUUCAUUAUUUCCCAGGCCUAAUACUUCAAGUCUGUUUUGAGUAAGUAACCUAAACUGUAUAUAGCUCCUCUCAAAUUCUUGUAGCAUGGCGUGCCAGAAUUAGUUAAUCUUUCUGGAGCUUUACUGGGUGUAUUGCUAGCCCAAUAUGCACAUUUUGGAAGUGUCUGUUACUGUGUUUCUGUACAUAUUGUAUAAAAGUACAACUGUAUGUAUAAAGCUAUUUUCAGAGAACACUGCUUGCUAACAAUUAAAUGAUUGUAG